ACACACACACACACCGUAGUCGUACGUGAGACAGUAAGUACUAUAGCAUAAGCGUUCGUGAAACCUCCACAUUCAUGUCUGGUGAAUUAUUUAGUAAGACCCUAUUUUUUUUUAAUUCAUAACCACUGUCUGUGGAGAGGAAAGUAUACAUAUAUAUAAUUAUAAAUAUCAUGGCCCAGUAUUUUUAUUAACACACACCCAAUGAACAAAUUUGUUUCCUUUUCUAGCCUAAUUUUAACCAGGUGUAAAUACCCUACAUCUUGCCUUGCAGACUGUUCUUUGAUUGUACAAAUGCACAAAAUUUAACCUAAUCUAUCCUGAAACUUGCUAACCCAAGCAACCCACCUAACCUAACCUACAGAUGCACAAAAAAAACGUAGAUAUUUGUGAGCCGCAGCAAAAUCUCUUCAUUUGGAACUCAAAAUAUUAACGAGUCAAACACAUCAUCGCUUUUAAUUAUAUCCAGGAAAGGUGCGAAAGGUGGCCAUUGACCUUGUCACAGGGGGCGGGAUGUCUUUCCCCAGGCAUAGCAGUGGCCCAGCUCGUUAAUAAUCCAGUUGACUUUUCAGGGUCACAGCGUCGAUUUGGUGAGGUUAUGGGCCUGGUUAUUUUCACAUCAGGGGUUAGGUUUCCACAGCAGCUGCCUGGGUUUCCACAGCAGCUGCCUGGGUUUCCACAGCAGCUGCCUGGGUUUCUACAGCAGCUGCCUGGGUUUCCACAGCAGCUGGCUAGGUUUCCACAGCAGCUGGCUAAGUUUCCACAGCAGCUGGCUAGGUUUCCACAGCAGCUGCCUGGGUUUCCACAGCAGCUGGCUAGGUUUCCACAGCAGCUGCCUGGGUUUCCACAGCAGCUGCCUGGGUUUCCACAGCAGCUGCCUGGGUUUCCACAGCAGCUGCCUGGGUUUCCACAGCAGCUGCCUGGGUUUCCACAACAGCUGGCUGGGUUUCCACAGCAGCUGCCUGGGUUUCCACAGCAACAGUCUGGGUUUCCACAGCAGCUGCCUGGGUUUCCACAGCAGCUGCCUGGGUUUCCACAGCAGCUGCCUGGGUUUCCACAGCAGCUGCCUGGGUUUCCACAGCAGCUGCCUGGGUUUCCACAGCAGCUGCCUGGGUUUCCACAGCAGCUGCCUGGGUUUCCACAACAGCUGCCUGGGUUUCCACAACAGCUGGCUGGGUUUCCACAACAGCUGCCUGGGUUUCCACAACAGCUGGCUGGGCUUCCACAGCAGCUACCUGGGUUUCCACAGCAGCUGCCUGGGUUUCCACAGCAACUGCCUGGGUUUCACAGCAAGCGCUAUAUUUACUGA